CAAUAUGUCAACGUUGUCAUCAACCAAGAGAUUCUUGUCGUGAUCAAACAGCUGGACAUGGAUAUCGUUUCUCUUGUUUACUUCUGGAUCAGCAUCAUGCACGUUGACUAUGGUGUUUGGGGGGAAGAGUGAACUAGUUGCAACACUGCCUAAGGUUUGCACGAAGCUUGAAAAAAUGGUGGCCAUAUUUUGUUUGAUGUAUUCCAUGUGUGCUGUUUGGAAAGGUAUGUGCUCCGUUUCCUGGUUUAGCAUGACAUGAAACUUGUUUCGAAUGGUUGGUGCUAUAAUGAGGAAUCCAGCAGGGUUUUCAGAACUUAAUGACUGCUCAAGGAAUUUACAGUCGGUCCGCAUACAGUCGAUGUAAGAGGAAAGAGAUUCAGCCUGCUCUGGGCAGUCUAACACACUUGGUCACCCGAUCAGCCACGUCUGUUUUCGUCACAAAAGACCAAAAUGCAGUGGAUGACAAUGCUUAGGACCAUCAUCACGAUUGGAGUGUUAUCUGUGAUAGCAAAUCAUGCUGUCCGAUAUUACUUCUUCAUGCACUACGAGAAGUAUGACGUAAUAGCCCGACACGCUCCUGGUCCAUGUGUGCCGCUAGACGGUGCAGAUGAUGGGUCUGAAGAUCUAACCAUUCUUUCUAGUGGGUUAACAUUUAUAUCGUCUGGGAUAUAUCCCAAUAAACGAGGCCGAAUCCUUCUGCUAGACAUGAACGAGCCGUCCCCGACAGUUACAGAGGCGCAGAUUACAGGGGACCACUUGGACUUGGCUACAUUUUCCCCUCACGGUAUCGACACCUGGACGAAUUUGGACACGGGCGAGAUAACACUGAUGGUGAUUAACCACACCCCAGACCACGAGAGGGUCGAGGUGUUUCGCUACAGGAAGGAAUCAAAGACAUUGGUGCACUUUAAGUCCAUUACUAGUCAGCUAUGGGGCAAUAUAAAUGACCUGGUGAUGACCGGUGAGAAUUCGUUUUACGUCACUAAGAUACUACACUCUUUCCGUCCCUGGCUGAGGUUGUUGGAACACAAACUCAUGCUGGCCCUGGGGGAGGUCAUGUUCUACGACGGAGUCAGUGUCCGCAGCGUCGCGGGGGGUCUACACCUACCUAAUGGCAUUAACAUGUCACCGGACGGUAGGUUCCUUUAUGUGUCUGAGGGAGGCAGAUACCAGGUGAAAUCCUGCGAAAUUUUGGAAGACAAUGAAAUAAAAUGUAUCGAGGACAUAUUUCUGGACACCAGUUUGGAUAACAUAGAGGUUGACAAACUGACGGGCGAUCUGUGGAUCGGAUGUCAUCCUCGCUACCACCAGAUCGUCAAACACGACGCCAAGUACGGGGGUACCAUCACUCCUUCACAGGUCCUGAAGUUGGCGACCUCUGGUGGCCAUUUUACAGACGUAGUGGAGGUAUACCUCGAUCCUGGCACAAAAAUGGCGGGCUCCACCGUGGCUUCUAUCUACAAUGAGCGCAUGCUUGUUGGAACCUUGGCGUCACAACUCACCCUCUGUGACGUCAUUUACACCGACUGAAAUAAAAUAAUCUGAACAUACUUGUUUUCAGUCGUAACACAUCUAGUGUAUGAUCCUUAAAAUAAAGGAUAUGUCUAGGAAAAAACUCCUGUCUAGAAAUUCAAGAAACUUUAAAUAGAGAUAUAGAUAGCCUUGAUACUUGGUCGCAUUAUAUUAGGACUUCCACCUUAUACCCCUAUUAAUACUUGGUCGCAUUAUAUUAGGACUUCCACCUUAUACCCCUAUUAAUACUUGGUCGCAUUAUAUUAGGACUUCCACCUUAUACCCCUAUUAAUACUUGGUCGCAUUAUAUUAGGACUUCCACCUUAUACCCCUAUUAAUACUUGGUCGCAUUAUAUUAGGACUUCCACCUUAUACCCCUAUUAAUACUUGGUCGCAUUAUAUUAGGACUUCCACCUUAUACCCCUAUUAAUACUUGGUCGCAUUAUAUUAGGACUUCCACCUUAUACCCCUAUUAAUACUUGGUCGCAUUAUAUUAGGACUUCCACCUUAUACCCCUAUUAAUACCUGAUAUUUCGAAACUAGUCCUGAAACUUGAUCCAAUCGCAGAAAACGGGGGAAACUUCAACUGUUGUAUAAGAUGCAAAAAAAAAUAACUCCUGAUUACUUCAAUCAUCUUUUGCCGCCUUUAUCUGGAGAAAAUAAUCGUUACGCUUUACGUAACAAUAAUAACUAUAGGAUUCCUCCUUUCAGUCUGUCUCUUACGAACUCUUCUUUUAUACCUUCUUCUCUUCAUUGUUGGAAUAAUUUGGAAAAUUCGGUUCGAUCCUUGCCCUCUAUAAAUUUAUUCAAAUCCUGUUUAACAUCAAAUAGUCAGUCAAGUCCACCUAUUGACUUUAAAUUCGGAAAUUGUAAACUUAAUAUCUUGCAUACUAAGCUCAGACACAAGUGCAGUUCCUUUAAGUAUGACCUCUUUAGAGUUAACCUUGUUGAGAGUGCAUCUUGUUACUGUGGUCAUCUUUGUGAUAAUGUCUUUUACUAUGUUUGGAAUCUCACCUUUUUACAAUCAAAAGACGUAUUUUUGUUCAAAAUUUAAAUAAUUUGAAUGCUGUGUUA